UGUAGGUAUACAUACAUACAUACAUACAUACAUACACGCAUAUCAGCAUAAAAUGCUAGCAAUCACACAGAGAGAAAACCACAGACGAUCGAUCGUUUUGAGUGUUCUCUGCUGCUCCUCUGCUGCCGCUGCCGCUACUGCUACUGCUACUGCUGCUCUCUCUCUCUCUCUCUCGCCUUCGUUACUCUCUGGGCUCUCCUUCUCAGAAUGGAACUAGUUGAAAGGACGAUGAGUGGAACCCAACAAAUGUCUACUGAUCCUCUCCCUUUUGCAAGAAGUUACCAAAUUGAAGCACUGGACAAAGCAAUCAAGCAGAACACGAUUGUGUUUCUCGAAACUGGUUCUGGCAAGACCUUGAUUGCGAUCAUGCUUCUGCGUAGCUACGCCUACCUUCUGCGAAAGCCUUCGCCUUACAUUGCGGUUUUCUUGGUCCCCAAUGUUGUUUUGGUUACUCAACAAGCAGAAGCUAUCAAAAUGUACACUGACUUGGAAGUGGGAAUGUACUGGGGAGAAAUGGGAGUGGAUUACUGGGAUGGUGCAACCUGGAAGGAACAACAGGACAACCAUGAGGUGCUUGUAAUGACACCCAUGAUCUUGCUCAAUGCUUUGAGGCAUAGCUUUUUAAGAUUAGACAUGAUAAAGGUUCUAAUAUUUGAUGAAUGCCACAACGCGAGAGGUAGACAUCCCUAUGUUUGCAUUAUGACGGAGUUCUAUCACUAUCAGUUGCGAUCUAACAGUUCCCAGCUUCCUAGGAUAUUUGGAAUGACUGCUUCCCCUAUAAAGGCUAAAGGUUCAAGCUCGGGAUCAACCUACUGGAAACAGAUUCUUGAACUUGAGAAUCUUAUGAAUUCAAAGGUGUACACGGUUGUUAGCGAAUCUGUGUUAGCCAAGUACAUUCCAUUUUCGACCCCAAAGCUGAAGAUCUACAAACAUGUGGAGAUCCCUUAUGCAAUAUUUGAGCAUUUGGUGCAUGAUUUAACAUGUUUGAAAGAAAAGCAUGAGUUCACUCUCAAAGCAUCAAAUCUCGAAGAGCAUGCAAUGGAUAAUGCAAUGAAAAAAUUAUCCAAGCUAUUUUCAUCCUUUCUGUUUUGUUUGAAUGAGCUUGGUGUUUGGUUGGCUUUGAAGGCGGCUGAGUCCUUGUCAUGUGAAGAAAAUGAUAUCUUCUCAUGGGGGAAAUUGGAUGUGUGCAGUGAGACGGUUGUAAGGGAUUUCAGUUUGGAUGCGUUUAAGGUUUUCUCCAAUUAUGUACCAUCUGGUCCACAUUGGUCUAUUGGUGAUGACAUAAAUGCCAAUAUGGAUGCUGGGUAUAUAUCUUCAAAGGUCAUUUGUCUCAUUGAAUCUCUUCUUGAUUACAGGGACUUGAACAAUUUGAGAUGUAUAAUUUUUGUGGAGAGGGUUAUCUCAGCUAUCGUUCUUCAAAAAUUAUUGAGUGAAUUGCUUCCAAAACUGGGUGGCUGGAAGACAAAAUAUACUGCAGGAAAUCAGUCUGGUUUUCAGUCACAGAGUAGGAAAGAACAAAACAAAAUUGUUGAAGAAUUCCGCAAGGGCACGGUGAACAUCAUUGUAGCAACCUCAAUUCUUGAAGAGGGUCUGGAUGUUCAAAGCUGCAAUCUCGUUAUUAGAUUUGAUCCAUCAGCAACAGUUUGUAGUUUUAUUCAGUCCCGUGGUCGGGCACGUAUGCAAAACUCAGAUUUUUUGUUAAUGGUCAGGAGUGGUGAUUCUUCUACACUUACUCGAGUGAAAAACUAUAUUGCUAGUGGAGACAUCAUGAGGGAGGAAUCAUUACGCCAUGCUUCCCUUCCUUGCGCUUCUCUUGACAGUGAAUUGUUUAAUGAGGUUCUCUAUCGUGUUCAAAGCACGGGAGCAGUUGUGACUCUAAGUUCUAGUGUGGCUUUGAUAUACUUCUAUUGCUCACGAUUGCCUUCUGAUGGGUAUUUUAAACCUUCUCCUCGUUGUGAAAUUGAUAAGGAUUUGGAAAUUUGCACGCUAAAUUUUCCCAAAAGUUGCCCAGUACAAACCGUUAGAGUUGAGGGUAAUAUCAAAGUGCUCAAGCAACUUGUAUGCCUAGAGGCAUGCAAGCAGCUUCAUCAGAAAGGUGCAUUAACUGAUAAUCUUGUGCCAGAUAUUCUCAUGGAAGAAGCCGAUGAACAAGAAUCCGGGUAUGAACCUUACGUUGAUGAUCAAGUAGAGUACUUCCCACCUGAAUUGGUUCAUAAUUGUACAAAUGAUUCUGUGAGGACAUACCAUCGCUACUUGAUUGUGCUGAAGCGAAAUUUUGAAUAUAAUAUCCCGCUUCAUCCUAUUGUGCUUGCUGUGAGAACCAAGCUCGAGUUCAGUGACGAAAACUUGGCUUGUGAAUUAGAAACCGAUAGAGGCACUUUGAAAGUGCAAAUGGAAUACAUUGGAGAACUUAGUCUUACCUCUGAACAGGUUCUUUUGUGCCAGAGGUUUGAAAUCACUGUUUUCAGAGUUCUUCUUGAUCAUAAUUUGAAGAAGUUGAAGGAGUUACUGGCAUUUCAUUCAAGUAAUGAUCUAGCAGUGCUGGACUAUCUUGUGCUCCCAUGUACUAGCUCACAUCAAAAUCCGUCGAUUGAUUGGAACUGUGUUAGUUCUGUAGUGUUCCCAAGUAAAAUUCUCGGGCACAAUCACAUGAAUACUACUCCCAAUAGUUCUUGUCGUCAAGUGCGUACAAAGAAUGGUUUGGUAUGUAGCUGCAUGUUGGAGAAUUCUUUGGUAUACACACCUCAUAAUGACUAUGUGUACUCCAUUGCUGGUACUUUAGAUUUGCAUGGGAACUCACUACUGGAGGGCAAAUGUAUUACUUACAAGCAAUACUACAAAUCCAAGUAUGGGAUAGACUUGCAUUUUGGAAGAGAAUCACUGCUCAACGGGAGACAUAUUUUUACUGUGCAAAAUUACCUCCAUAGGUGUAGACAAAAGAAGGAAAGAGAAUCAAGAAAUGCGUACGUUGAAUUGCCUCCUGAACUUUGCUUCGUUUUCAUGUCUCCAAUUUCAAUUGCCACCGUAUAUUCUCUCUCAUUUGUGCCAUCCAUCAUGCAUCGGAUCGAGUGUUUGCUGAUCGCGCUCAACUUGAAAAAGAUGCAUCUGGAUCACUGCAUGCAAAAUGUUGUUAUUCCAACCAGCAAGGUCUUGGAAGCAAUUACAACAAAAAAAUGCCAAGAGAAGUUCCAUUUGGAAUCACUAGAGACCCUUGGGGACUCUUUUCUUAAAUACGCUGCCAGUCAACAACUAUUUAAAACCUAUCAAAUUCAUCAUGAGGGUCUUCUCAGUAUUAAAAGAGAGAGAAUAAUUUCUAAUGUUGCACUACGAAGGCUUGGAUGUGACCGCAAACUUCCGGGAUUCAUUCGUAAUGAACCUUUUGAUCCCAAAACUUGGAUCGUUCCUGGUGAUCAAUCUGGAGAUUAUGCAUUAGAUGAAGAGUCGCUUUCUAGUACGAGGAAAAUCUAUAUUAGGGGAAGGAGGAAGAUGAAAAGUAAGACAGUAGCUGAUGUAGUUGAGGCAUUAAUUGGUGCAUUCCUUAGCACAGGUGGUGAAGCAUCAGCCUUGUCAUUUAUGGAUUGGCUUGGUAUAAAAGUGGAUUUUGUCAAUAUACCAUAUGAGAGGCACUUCCCAGUUCAAGCUGAGAGACUUGUUAAUAUAAAGUAUUUUGAAUCCUUAUUGAACUAUUCAUUUCGUGAUCCUUCUCUCCUAGUCGAAGCGCUAACUCAUGGUUCUUACAUGCUACCUGAGAUUCCAGGAUGUUAUCAGCGGCUAGAGUACCUCGGGGAUUCAGUGUUGGACUUUCUCAUAACCAUGCACCUGUAUCAUAAAUAUCCUGGAAUGUCACCUGGGCUAUUAACUGAUCUAAGGUCAGCUUCUGUGAACAACGAUUGUUACGCUCAAUCUGCCGUUAAAUUUGGUCUGCAUAAACACAUUCUCCAUGCCUCACAAUCGCUUCACAAGGACAUAGUUGCAACUGUUCAGAAUUUUGAGCAAUUAUCAGUGGACACAACUUUUGGAUGGGAAUCUGAGACAACUUUUCCAAAGGUACUUGGAGAUAUCAUUGAAUCUCUUGCUGGGGCAAUUCUCGUUGAUUCUGGGUACAACAAGGAGGUUGUCUUGCGAAGCAUAAGGCCCCUUCUGGAGCCCAUGAUUACUCCAGAAACAGUUAAGCUUCAUCCAGUGAGAGAGCUGACUGAAUUAUGUUCACAGAAGCAUUUUGUCAUGGAAAAGGCUGUCUCUCGUGAUAAAGGUGUCGCUUCAAUUACAAUAAAGGUCGAAGCAAAUGGUGUUGUGUACAAGUCUACGUCCACGGCUUCAGAUAAGAAGACAGCCAAAAAACUGGCUGCCAAAGCAGUUUUGAAGUCGUUGAAGGAAGGAAUGACUGGUGCUUGUGAACAACAAAACAAAGCAUGUUCUAGUAAUUUCAGAUAAAUCUACGUUGGAAAACCUGUCCAGAUGCUGAUUUAAGUUAUAUAUUCAGUAUGGACUCUGUGUUAAAGUGCUCGAUUAGUGUGGAAGGUGGGGUUGUUUAUCGGCAGAUGGUUGGACAAAUGUGAGUUGUUUCGGUGGCAAAUCUACUGAGGCUAGAAGAAUGAUAUUUUAUAAUAGUGAAAAUGUAUUUCAAGGGUGUAUGGAUAUUAUUUUGGUUCUUCCAAGUGUUUGGCAAUAUAUAAUUGUGGUUUUUUAUUUUUUUUUGGGUUAA